GUUUCAAACGGACUGGGCAGGAUAUUCCCUUUAGUUCCGCCCAAAGCUGAAAGAACUGGCGCCCUGCAAAGAGGGGGCGGGGCUAGAUCCCUUGACGCCAUCACCCUGCGCCCAUGCCUUGCCGGCCUCGGUCCGAGUGGGAGACUCCUUGAAGGUGCUCAGAGGUUCAUAAUGUCAAUAGUCCACUCAUCCAUCCAUGCCAAAUGGGUUGUGGGGAAGGUGAUUGGUACAGCGAUGGUAAAAACUGCUAAAGUAAGAGUAACCAGACUUGUUUUGGAUCCGUACUUACUAAAGUACUUUAAUAAGCGGAAAACCUACUUUGCCCAUGAUGCCCUCCAGCAGUGCAGCGUCGGGGACAUCGUGCUCCUCAAAGCCUUGCCCGUCCCACGAACAAAGCAUGUGAAACAUGAACUGGCUGAGAUCAUCUUCAGAGUUGGCCGAGUUAUCGACCCAAUCACAGGAAAGCCCUGUGCAGGAACAGCCUACCUAGAGAGUCCACUCAGUUCAGAAACCACUCACCUAAGCAAAACCCUGGAAGGCCUCAAGGUCUCAACCUAGGGAAGAAGGAGCCAAAGGGAUUUCUGUCUAUAUGUUUGUCCUGUGCCUUUCAUUACUAACUGUCCAGUUUCCCUUAUGAUAUUAAAAGUAGUAAAUGAAA